GGCCGUUGGUGUAUAACAGAAACGAGAGGAUAUUAUCCAAACAUAUCAGGCUUCAGCUAUCAUGAAGACUUGGAGUUUAUAUGCGUUGGUCACCCCAUGCACAAUUUCCUAUCGAUGUCAAGCCAUCCUUAGAAGCAGGCAUCGAUACAUCAGAAAAAGGCUUCCUUUGCAUCAACCCUGGGACAAAUGAGCUGACUUUUGUCGUGAGCCACAACUUUAGGCUGACUCCACUCGAAGAGGGACUGUGUGACACAGAGACACAUCAAGUCGCGACGCCAGCGACAGUGCGUCAGGAAUGCACAACAAUGUCGCGAUCGGUGCGACAACGACAAUGUUGGACAACACGAAACACACGUUCGCGACGGCAGCGACAAUUUUUUGCAAAAAAGCGUCCGGACUGAACG